GCCGCCAUUGACCCCCGCAGGUGCCGCUGCCGGUCCAAGUAGGCCUGGAUCCCCCUCAAGCCCCGGAGAUGCCGCUGGUAUUCCGCCUUGGACUCCACCGCCAUUAACCCCCGCAGGUCCCGUUGCUGGUCCAAAUAGGUCUCCGCCCAUGUUAGGGCCCCCACAAAACAUUCCUGGUCAAAACGUGGCUGGGUUCUUCUCAGACUACCAUAGUGUGAAUCGGAGCACAAGCCCGCCUCGACGCUCCCCAAGUCCUGAAGACGAUGACCCAAAUUGGCUUGGACGCACGUUCUAUCCCCGGAGGUACACUGGGCAUAUGUUGCAUCCAACUCUGGCGAUAUUGAGACCUCGUCCAGGUGAACCUGGGUCACGUGAGAAUCCCGGAACUGUCCGGCCUGGUCCAAGUCAGCAUUGGUUGGCCUCCGUAUUUCACCUUGGCUUUAUUCCUAUAGAAACGUGCAACGAGAAGACAAUCUGCGAAGAAGGGACAUGUUGCCUGCAACGCUCUGGCAGCCCCAGAUUAUGUCAACCUACGGCGAAGCGUGGCGAACCUUGUACACCUAGGUCUCUAACUAAUGUGUAUCUCCAGAGCUGCUUCUGUGGUUUUAAUCAAGGUGAGAUGCAUUUUGUAUAA